CACAUAAAACUUCGCACAUAAAACAUAAGAAAUUUUCACUCAACAAAGCAAGAAAGAAGAAGAAGAGAGUGCUGUUGCUGUUGGAGUGGAGGAGUUUUUCUUGCUCACUUUGUUUUCUGCAUUUUUUCGCAGGGAAAAGAUGAAUUUUCGCGAGUAAAAAAAAUAAAAAAGUGUACGUAGUGGUUCAGUGUUGCAACUGCGGGUGGAAAAUUGUUGGUGAAUGGUGUGGAAAGGGGUGAAAAGUGCCCAAGAAGAAUCCACCUGUUUGACACAAAAGUUCCAAGAGUGAAAAAUUUUUCUUUUGCGCCCCUUCAUCCGGGACAUUCAUAUUUCUUUUUGGGCUUCGUGGCGAAGGGGCGCGCGCAAGGGCAUCCCGUUUUUGGGUUGUUGAAGCAGAGCCACAUAGCGGAAUUGGGGGUGGAAAUAUAUAACGUAUUGAUAUUGUUUGUGUGGCAUCUGCAAGGGAGGAAUUCAUCGUGACAGUGAACUUUGCAAGAUUGAAAAGGAAUUCCGGGAAGGUUCUCUGACGAGGCUCUCGAGGAGGUGUGUGAGUGUACGUGUGUGUAUGUGUACAUGGAAGAAGGGGGCGCGAGAGAGUGACGACGCCACCCACCUCACCCCUACUGCAAGGGGAUCUAUUUCCGUUGACACAGUGGCUGGCGGAAGAGGUUAAAAAUAGUGACAACGAGACCCGAUUGUGCGUAGACGGAGUGGAAAUGAAUUGAUUGAAUUCCAUCGAAGAGUGUGGCAUCCAUCGUCCUCACAGUUUUUUCCGUUCACACAGCGAGGACUUCCGCCUGGGGUGAACAGGUGUAUACUAAUUAGUUAGGCGGCAGUGAAUUUUCCACAUUUUCACCCACAUUCCACCACGAAUUUGUCACCACGACGCGUUUCUUCCACUUCACACAAGCACCCCCAUCAUACAUACGAAAAUGUUUUCCACGGAGCGAUUAGUUCAAAUGUCCUCAGAUGAUGAUAGCGAUGUAGAUCUCGUGGUGGAUUACUUGAGCAUGAAUAAAGAUGUGGAGACGCCGAGGCAGACACAGGAAGUGAAUAGUGGUGGUGUUGUUCAAGCCAAAUCGGCCACUGCUGGGGAACAAAAGCAAAAUAAUAAGUGUUGUGUGAGGAUAAAGAAUAACUUGAAUAACAAUAACAACAUGGUUCCCAUAAUUAGUGUGACACCCCAUAGCCCAGGUGCAAAAUACAGUGGAAUUCUAGAAGAUCCACUGCACCAACUACAAUGCAUCAGGGAGAGUUUGAUGCAAAUGAAGAAUCCGGGUAUUCACAAUCAGACAUUUGGUACUACAAAUUUUGCCAAUUCAUUGAUGCACUCUUCAAGACUGUUCUCGUCGUGUCCAUCACUGCCUGACCUCUCGGUGGCCACAAAUGCAAAUAGCAAUAUGUGGCCAGCUCAGAAUGCAAUGUAUGGACUGAAUACGGAUCGACGAAAAUCAUGGACAGCCAUUGAGGAUCUCACAGAGUGUACAAAGAGUUCCAAUAAGAGUGCUAGCCUUUCAAGUGUGGACAGUGAGGAGAGUCUUCGGGCUGCUGAGAGACUCCACAAUCGAGCUAGUAGAAACAGUGCAGGGGGCAUUUCGACGCAUUCACUCAAUGAGGCGGAACUUGCUCGAGAUUUUGAGAGAAUUCUGGCAAAGAGGAAUUUAGCACCAAUCAUUUGUCGCAUUCCACUGCAAAAGAGUAUUUCUACGCCGUCAAUUGCUCCUGUCAGGAAUCAAAAUGCCAAAGAGGAGAAAACAGUUCCGACAUCACGGCACCUUUCUGACAGUGAGGAUGAGAAUCAGGACGAUAGAUCAUUGCUUAGUGUACGAGAUAAAAACGAAGUAUAUGCCGACCAUCCGGAAAAGCGCCGGAAGAGAGGAUCACUGUUUUUUCGCAAGAAAAAAGACAAAGCCAAGGCAAAGGGUCAAUCAACCAACUGUGAUGUAUGUGGAGCUGUUAUCAAUUUAUCAUCAUACAAGGAGCAUGCAAUUGAGUGUAAGGCAAAAUUAGCCAAAAGUCAGCAUAGUGGAAAGUCAGGAUCGGGGAAGAAAUCAUCAUCAAACAGCCAUGGUACUUCACACCAAGACAUCCACACGAGGGAUUACUAUGACCUACAUCAUAGCCAGGGUGAUCAUAUAAACUAUUCGGAUGAGACGCCAUUGAUUCGGGAUGAAUUUCUCUAUGAUCCACCAAUUGGACCACAUGAUUUAGGUGCUGAUCCAAUGUUAGGAAUGACAAUUGAUGAGCCCGAAUCGUGGAGUCCCAGUGUCCCAAAGGAAGUUGUGAAGUCUCUCAAGGAUAAACAGGUGAAGCGUCAAGAGCACAUUUAUGAAUUUAUAAUGACGGAAAAGACGCACUGUCAGAACCUUCUGGUGAUGCAGAAAAUUUUCGUUGAAAGUCUCCAGAGGCAUUUUAAUCAUCUCAAUCUCGAACGAAUGUUCCCGUGCUUGCCGGAACUCAUUGAGCUCCAUACGGGCUUCUUGCGGAAGUUGAAGAUGAAGCAACGUGAACAUCACAUUGUUGACAGUAUUGUGGAUAUAAUGUUGGACUUCUUCUCGGGGUUGUCAGCAACACGCCUGAAGAAUGCCUAUGGGGAAUUUUGUUCGAACCACCGAUCAGCUACAGAUACCUUCAAACGCUACACAAUGGAGGAUCAUACAUUCUCCGAAUGGCACAAACAUUGCCAAGCAAAUCCAUUGCUGAAGAAAAAGGGAAUCCCCGAAUGUAUUCUCUUUGUUACACAGCGUCUCACAAAGUAUCCAUUGCUCAUUGAUCCAUUGCUCAAGAGUUCGCGUGAGGAUAAAAUUGAGCAGGAAAAACUCCAAAAGGCAAUGUCUCUUGUCAAGGAAAUCCUUGUGGAUGUUGAUGCGCGCGUGGCAGAGAAGGAACGCGAAGAGAGGCAACUUAGUAUCUUCAAGAAGAUCGAAGCGAAAUCCUAUGCAAUCUACAAGGAUGAAAAAUUCAAGAAAUCCGACAUUAUUUCGGCCAAUAGGAAGCUAAAAUUCGAAGGUGUUGCAACACUUAUGCAGGGAAGAUCAAAGAUGCAAACGGUUCUGGUGGUUGUUCUAUCGGAUUGUCUCUUCUUCCUCCAAGAUAAUUCCAACAAGUACACAUUUUUUACGCCUGAAAAUAAAGCAGGUGUGGUGUCACUGCAAAAGCUGCUAAUUCGCGAAAAAGCCGGCACAGAGUCACGUGGGAUCUAUAUUAUCUCGUCAAAUCCUACGUAUCCGGAAAUGUAUGAGUUAAAAGUACAAAAUCCAAAGGAUAAAAAUACCUGGAUUCAGGCAAUAAGAGCUGCCGUUCUCAAUUGUCCAUCAGACGAAUUGGAGCCUGACAUGAGUUUGGAGCAGAAGCAAAAGAUAAUUGAUGCACGUCAAGCAAAUGUUAGGGAGAUCAUUUAUAAAUUGCGACAGAAAGAUCUGGAGCAAGCAAUGAUCCUGGAGGAGAAACUUGCAUUGCAAAUGAGUUUGUGGCUCGAUGGUCAGAAUGCGGGUGAAUGCGUGGGGCAUCCGGGUCUCGGUGCUGAUGAAUUUCUCGCAAAUUUUGGCUCCUAUCGCGAACUCGUGACGGAUGACUGUGAUACAAUUGAGAUUUGGAAGCGUGUUCUGUACACCGUACAGGAAGUUGGGCAAUUGGCAGCCACACUGUACUCUGCAGCCACGGGAUUGCCACUAUCGCGAUCAUUUAGUUCAGUUGGGGAGAAAUACAGUGAAAUGUACAUUUCACCAACAUUGCCAAAGCGAGCAGAGACAUUUGGGGGAUUCGAUGAGAGGCGCAAUAAGCAGAGUAGCCAUCCGUGGCGUGAUGCAGUGCUGUCAACUCUUCCCACGGCGGUGAUUGGGCAGAAGAGGGAUUCAAUGACAUCCGAAGUGGAUACCACGACACUUUCGCCAUCUUCGCAAAAUUCCAAAUGUAGCAGUGAUAAUGUCUCGAUGAAGGAUCACAAUUUUGCCGCAUUGCAAGUUUCGCACAAUCUCCAUACGCUCCUCUGUAUAAUUUCGCAGCAAAUGACAACAAUUCAGAGCUUGCAGGCACAGCUAAUGUCCUACAAAGAUACCUCAAAGAAUCUCUAUCGGCAUAAUGAUCAGCUGGAGGAGGUGAGGAAUUUGCUGGAUAAAUUGCAAGAGCAAAAGACCGAAUUUAUGCGGUAUGAGAAGCAAAGGGUGACGGAACUCGAUGAGAGGGAUCACCGGCAGAAGGAGGAGUUGAAGAAGGAAUGGCAGAAUAUUCGUGCAGAGCAGGAAGAUAUUAAGCAGCAACGUGAGCAGCUCUAUCGUAAAAUGGAGAUUCUCUCAAAUCAGGGAUUGUUGCUGUCGCCAAAUGUGGCUCUUCCCGUUCCGGGGCAUGUGAAUUUACCCGAUGACGGGCACUCCACACCCCAUGGGAAGGAUCACGAUUCACAUCUUGAUGGUGUUGAUCGUCGGAAGGAUAAAUGGAGAUCCUCAAGUAUUUCCAAGACGCAUCCAGUGACACUCCUAAGUGCAACGAAUGCCCAGAAAAGUGGUCAGACGAGUGUAAAGCAGCAACUUCCACUUAAAUUGUCUUCACUGACCAGCACGAAAUCUUCCACGGAGCGUACUAGUAUGUCUAGUAGUGCACUAACAUCACCACCGAGUAGCAAUAGUGCAAAUGUCACACAAAUGUUUCCACUGAAAUUAGCUGAUAAAAAGGUUCCAGCGACUUCUUCUGCCAAUUCCAAUCAUUCACGGACAGGAAGUAGUCCAGCAGCUAUACAGCAACCACUACUACAUCACGGAAAUCCAGCACUAAAAACGAAUACAUAUCCGAAGAUUCCGGAAAGGCAUCGCCUUCGGAGCACCGAUGGUGCUUUCACAAGCAAUUCCAGUGGGCAGCAAGCAGCCGUGGCGCAACAGCAACGAAGUAUGUCGGUGUUUGCACAGCUCCCAUCGACUGUGACACCACCGCAGCCACCACCGCGUCCUGGGGUGCGGGAACAACCCCCACAGCCGGCUGAAGAGGAGGUCAUCUACUUCUGAUGACCCCCCGUUGAGGUGCAAAUUUAAAAGGUGGGUGAAGGGUGUGUGUGUAUUGUGAGUUUUCUCAACACCCCUUCAGCAUUGAUAUAAUUUAUUUUUUUCCUCUAUAUUGAAUAUUUUCUCCUUAUUCCAACACUUCCUCUCCCGCCUUUUUUUGAUAAAGGGUUGGGGGAGGAUUAAAAAGUGGAAAAUGCAAUAUUUUCUUUUACACAAACACACCUUUAUUUAUACAUACAUAUAUAAUUAAUAAUUUGACUCGGUAAGAUAUUUUAUUGUGCAUAAAAUAAUGUUUAAGAAUAUUCCUCUUUGAGUACUUAAAGUCUGCAAUUUUAUUUAACAAAAAAAAACAUUUAUUUGUAAGUCGGUGAAAUAAAUUCCAGUAUGUAUUCCUUUCAUUUUUUUUAAAUUUUUUGUCAAAAAGACAAAGUUCUGUUGAUUGAUAACUAAUACAACACAACUAUACACUACAACAAAAAAAGAAUAUUAUAUUUAAUGUGAAUAAGAUAGGGCGAAAUCCAUUAAUUUAUGAUUAACUACAAGAAAAUAGUGAGAAAUAAUCACAGUGUUUAGUAGAAUGAUGAAAAAAAAAACAAAGACUAAAGAAACAUUGAUGUUGAAGAGAAGGAAUAAAAAAACAAUUUAUUAAAAGAUGUUUAGAACAGAUUUUUCUUCUAAAUGGUACGUUUUUUCAGCAUAAUUGUUAUUCAUGUUUAAACGAAAGAUGAAGAAGAAAAAAAUGAAGAGUCACCUUUAAGUCAAAUCUCUACAUUUUUUUUAAUAUUGAUGAUUGGAAAAAUAUAAAUUCAGAGAGACAUCCAAGACUUUAAUUUCCACUCGAAUGACGUAAAAUUUGAAGUUUAAAAAAAAAUCACUAAGCAAUUUUCUAAAAGCUUUCAUUUUUCAUAUCAGAAAAAUUAUUAGGAAGGAUCGCAGAACGAUUCGAACUGCAUGAAUUCUUUGUUAAUAUCGGAAAGAACAGUUUAAAAAAAAAAAGAAGAAGAAGAAAGUAGUGGAGAAACUUUAAACGUGAUAUUUACUGUACUUAAAAUGAAGAAAAAAUAAUCCUGAAUAUAUUUCAGAUAGAGAGAAAAUUGAAUUGAAGAAAGUCCUUUUGAAGUUCACUCCUAUAUUUCUAUACAUUUGACAAUAUUAUGCAAUACAUUAGAGAAAAAACAUAUGGAAAUGGGCUGGGAGCAUUGCCAAAAUGCUUUUCCCGAUAUUUCUCCUAUAAACUUCUUGUUGUAAGAAAAAAACUUUUAAAAGAAAAAUGGUAAAGAGUUGAACUAUAAAGAAAUAAAAACUAUAAGAGAGAUUAAAUCGUUAAUGAAAAGAACUGAAGAGGUGCAAAGAAAUAUUCAGGCAAUUCCGUUUGAGAUGCUUACAGUUUCCAAAAGGAGUUUAUUCGUUUCUGCAACAAAUAGUUUAUUCUCUUAUGAAACAAUCAUGAUGCGCGGAAUUUUAUAGAUGAAAAGAAACGAUAAGAAAUCGCCAAACAAACUUUCUAUUCUUCCUCAGUGAGGUCAAAGGGACAAAGACGAUUUAGACUUAUUAAAAAAAUGCAAAGAAUGACGUCACUAUUCGGUUUUUUAAAUGUCUUUUAGACGAAACAUCAAUGUGAAUGUUUCAUGCAUUAAAAGAAACAAUAAAGAACAAAAAUGACGUCAUUGUUUGAAUUUUUGAGCAAAUAUUUGUCGAUGUUUUCCUGAUAAGUCUCUUUGGCGUUUUAUUAUUCGUUUUUGAUCAUCUGAACUUUUCUCAUUGAAUAAAUAUUUUUAUUUAAUUCUCUACCUCCUCUAUUUUAACUUCUUAAAAUAUCUUUGAGAAAGACAUCAAAUUGAGAACUUAAAAUUGAAAAGAAAAUAUAUUUCUUUUCUUUAAGAAUUUGGGUUCUCCGUCUUUAAUACCUUUGAGCAUCUCAAACACUAUAAGCCGAAAAAUCUGUAUUUACACUAUGCAAUAGCAAAGUAAAAUUUAAAAAAAAUGAAAUCUUUAAUUCCUGUUUUUAUUCACUAAAAUAAAUAAUAAUAAAAAAAAGUUAUUAUUGUGUAUUAAAAAAAACAAAUAAAACUGAUAUACAUUAAAAUGGAUGAAAAAAACUAAUUGUAAUAUGUAAUAUCUAAACAUUCUUGACAAUAUUAGUGUUAUAUCAUUGAGAUGUGAAGACGUUUAAACUAAAAAAAAAAAACAUAAACUGAAAUAUUCCUCAAAGUUCACAGACAUUUCGAAAAAAAAGAAAAGAUUGAAGAAAACAAAAUUCCUUAGCAACUUUACAUGUUAUUAUUAUCUUUAUAUAAUAAUUAUAUGUAAAUAAUUCAUUAAACAAAAAGAAACUUUAAAAGAAAAUUGACAACAUUCAACAUUUUCCUCUUUCUCGCACUCUCGCAAAAAAAAGUUUUAAAAAAAAUUAAUAAAUGUUACAUUAGAAAGAAAAUUCUUCAAGAAAAAAUAAUCUUCUUCGAGAAGAGAAGAGAGGGACUUCUUGAAAAAUACAACAAAAGAAAAAUAUUUAAUGAAAAGUAGUGAAAAAUCUGUUAUUUUUGUACUUGUCUGUUAUUCAGAGGGAGAGAGAAAAUACUGCAAAAAAUUACCUCUUCUUGCAUAAAUAAUAUUGUGUAUAGAAAGAAAAAGUUUAACCGGUGGUGUGUGGGAUGAUUAAAAGAACCUCACAAAGUGAAAAAAAAAAGAGAGAGAAUUCUUCGAGUGAAAGUGAAUCAUAUUUCAGGAAAUAAAAGGUUUUAUCAAAAAAUAGUAAAAAAAAAAUAUUUAAAGAAUUUUAGAGUAAAAGUGCCAAAUUGCCAUUCAAAGAUAAAUAAAAAACAUUUACAAAAAUUCUUUAUAAUUUUAUUUUUUUUUCUUCUUAAAUAAAUUGUCAAACCUUUAAAAUUUGCUCAAUUUUAUUUUAUUGCGAAGAUCCUUUUUACUUAUAUAAAUAGAGAAAAUAAAUUUUAAAAAAAAUCGAUUUUAUCAAUAAAUUUAAUUAAAAUGUCUUUUAAAAAAAAAAAGUAUAAAAUAUUAAUUAAAAAAAAUGGCACUGAAUCUGUUUGUGACUUCAAUCGUUUUCUAUUUAUAAAUAAUUAUUAAAUAAAUAAUGUCAUCAAUAUUGAAGAAAAAAAGAAAUGAAAUAAUAUUUAUAUUAGUAUAAAUGAGCUACAAAAAAAUCUUUCAAAAAAAAAGAUAAAGAUAUUAUAUAUUGUCUAGUAAAGCAAAAAAAAACAAGUGACAAGUACUAAAAAAAACAUAAAUGUAUUACAUGGAAAUGGCCUAAAAACAAUCACUUCUACAAGAAAAAAAAACAUUUCAUUUCCACGAUUAUUCUCUCUUUUAUCUAACUAAAAAAAAACUAUAUAAAAAUUUAUUUUUACAAAAAUAAAAUUUACAAGAAAUUAAUGAAGACAUUUGAGAAAAAAGAUAUAUAACUAUGAGGCUGUGUUACCUAUUUUUUUUAAAACUUUUUCAUUUCAUUCUGAGGAUUAUCUUGAUUUUAAAAUAUUCUUGUUUUUUUCUCUUCAUUCAAAAAAAGACUUAUCACACACAGAAGAAGAAAAAAUCCUCAGCACCUUCGGAAAUUUAUUGUUUAAUCGCAUAAAAGAAAAUCAUCCCAAUAAUUUUUUUUUUAAUACAGAGCGGCAUUUAUUUUAUUCAUUUUUCAUUUAAUUUUAUUUAAUGAACACGUUUCCUUUCUCAUCCCUUUUUCUGUCCAUGUGUGGCAGUACAUGUACUACCUAUAUUAAUUGCAACAUUAACUUAUAAAUUAUAAUUAAACUUAAAGUAAAAUGGAUAGAGACUCUUAGAUUUUGAUGUGUAUAUAGGAAAGAAAAAAUAUAUAUGUUUAAAACUACAUUGAGCUCA